ACACGUUUAGUUUCUUAUUUUUCUUACCUAAAACAAGGACGGUGGAAUUUACGCUUUCGGUCAGCGGCUUGCUAGAAGACUUACCUAGCGAUGUAUCAGCGUUUGUGACAUGCUUUCUCUGUAGUUUUUGCAUUUGAAGCGUUGCUACGGGCGAGCACUUUGUUCAGGGGGGCCAGGGGAAAUGGCGGUAGUAGGCCAUCGUCACUCUCGGGCGCAGCUGAUGGCCUUCCAAGGCAGCGUAGCUCAAGCCCCCUCCCAACACGCCAUCCUAGCCGCUGCUGUCACCGUCCCCUACUACCAACUGAUCCCCGCCCAAGAUGUCCAGCCCGACAGACCCAUAGGUUACGGGGCAUUCGGAGUUGUAUGGUCGGUGACGGAUCCACGGAUGGGAAGAGGUAGCCUGAAGAAGAUGCCCAAUGUCUUCCAGAACCUGAUGUCAUCGAAACGAGUCUACCGGGAACUGAAAAUGCUGUGUCAUUUCAAAAAUGACAAUGUAUUAUCAGCCCUGGACAUCCUCCAGCCUCCACACAUUGACUUCUUCCAGGAGAUCUAUGUGGUGACGGAACUUAUGCAGAGUGACCUUCACAAAAUCAUUGUCUCACCACAGCCGCUCACUGCCGACCAUGUCAAGGUCUUCUUAUACCAAAUACUCAGAGGCCUAAAAUACCUACAUUCAGCCAGAGUUCUUCAUCGAGACAUUAAACCUGGAAACUUACUUGUAAAUAGCAACUGUGUUUUAAAGAUCUGCGACUUUGGCCUGGCUCGUAUAGAGGAGCCGGACGAAUCGAUUCACAUGACUCAGGAAGUAGUUACGCAAUAUUACCGCUCACCAGAAAUCCUCAUGGGAGCACGGCAUUAUGGGUCAGGCGUGGACAUCUGGUCGGUGGGCUGUAUAUUCGCAGAGCUGUUGGGGCGGAGGAUAUUAUUCCAGGCUCAAAGUCCAAUCCAACAGCUGGAUCUCAUCGUAGACCUACUCGGCACACCAAACCUGGAGGACAUGAGGACAGCAUGUCAGGGCGCGCGCUCUCACGUUCUCCGUCAUCCUCAUAAGCCCCCGUCGCUCGCCGCGCUCUACACGCUCUCCGGGCAGGCCACCCAUGAAGCGGUGCAUCUACUUUGUCGUAUGCUAGUCUUCGAUCCUGAAAAACGAAUUAGUGCUGCUGACGCACUCGCACAUCCAUAUUUAGACGAGGGGCGAUUGCGAUAUCAUUCUUGCAUGUGCAAGUGUUGUCGAAACACCCCAAAUGGCCGACAGUAUACCUCCGACUUUGAGCCGGCCUGCUCUCAACCAUUCAGCUACUCCUUCGAGAGUGAUCUUACCUCAACGCAAAGGGUCAAAGAAAAAUUACACAAGUUCAUAGUGGAGCAGCCUCAGACCAAUCGGGUUCCUCUAUGUAUUAACCCUAACUCCGUGGCCUUCAAAAGUUUUGCCAGCUCACAGGUGGCACACCCAUCGGAACUUCCUCCCUCACCCCACACCUGGGACUGAGCCCCGUGGAUCUCCCGCGGAUUUAAAAAUGGACCACAAAUCAACGGCACUCCGCCAAUGCAAUUCCAAAUCAGGUCAUAAAUCCAGCCAUUGAGAAGGAGUGGCUUUACAAAACAAGAUAUUCACAAAUGGCCAUCUCAUGAUGAAGUGGGGAUCACUAUGCAAAUACCAUGCGGUACGAGGAUUUUUAUUGGAUGAUCUCUUCAAGGAUAGCUACUCGCGAGGUGAAAGCUGUGUACUGUAGAAAGAAAGGUCACAGGUUUCUGAGUGUGUUUUUUCUUUUUUGUUUGGGACAGCAAAUCAAGGGCCAGCGAAUUUUACGACGGAAUCCUGAAUGUGUACUUCCAAAAUAACGUGUCGUUAGGAGAGACAGUGAUUUUUGUUUGUUUCCACCAAUAUUUUCCAACCAAAAGCAUCGCCAUCUU